UCCCCCGGCGGCGGCGGCGGGCGGGGCCGGCGGGCGGACAUGGCGGCCAACAUGUACCGGGUCGGAGACUAUGUCUACUUCGAGAACUCCUCCAGCAACCCCUACCUCAUCCGCAGGAUCGAGGAGCUUAACAAGACGGCCACGGGCAACGUGGAAGCCAAGGUCGUGUGUUUCUACCGACGCAGGGACAUCUCCAACACACUGGUCAUGCUCGCAGACAAGCACGCCAAAGAGAUGGAGGAGGAGUCAGAGACCACCGUGGAGCCAGACCUGACAGACAAACAGAAGCAUCAGCUCAAGCACCGGGAGCUCUUCUUGUCGAGACAGUAUGAGUCCCUGCCCGCCACCCACAUCAGGGGGAAGUGCAGUGUGGCGCUUCUGAACGAGACAGAGUCAGUGCUGUCCUAUCUCGAUAAAGAGGAUUCCUUUUUCUACUCACUGGUGUACGACCCCUCGGUGAAAACUCUGCUCGCUGACAAAGGAGAGAUACGUGUGGGGCCCAGGUACCAAGCAGACAUUCCAGAGAUGCUUCUAGAAGGAGAAUCAGACGAGAGGGAGCAAUCUAAGCUGGAGGUGAAGGUCUGGGACCCCAACAGCCCACUGACAGACCGCCAGAUUGACCAGUUCCUGGUUGUCGCUCGGGCCGUGGGCACCUUCGCGCGUGCCCUGGACUGCAGCAGCUCCGUCCGGCAACCCAGCCUCCACAUGAGUGCAGCCGCAGCAUCACGGGACAUCACGCUGUUCCACGCCAUGGACACACUGUACCGGCAUGGCUGUGACCUGAGCAGUGCCAUCAGCGUCCUGGUUCCCCUGGGUGGCCCUGUGCUCUGCCGAGACGAGAUGGAGGAGUGGUCAGCCUCAGAGGCCAGCCUGUUCGAGGAGGCACUGGAGAAGUACGGCAAAGACUUCACUGACAUCCGCCAGGACUUUCUGCCCUGGAAGUCGCUGACCAGCAUCAUCGAGUACUACUACAUGUGGAAGACCACCGACAGAUACGUGCAGCAGAAGCGUCUAAAGGCGGCGGAAGCAGAAAGCAAGCUAAAACAGGUGUACAUCCCCACGUACAGCAAACCCACCGUCAACAUCGUCACAGGCACUGGCCCCCCGAAGCCGGGCGUCAAUGGGGCCGUGGGCGGCUUCCCUGUCUCCAGCCCCCUGCUGGGCCGCGCCUGUGAGAGUUGCUUCGCCACACAGUCUCACCAGUGGUACUCCUGGGGUCCUCCCAACAUGCAGUGUCGGCUCUGUGCCACCUGCUGGCUCUACUGGAAGAAGUACGGGGGGCUGAAGAUGCCCACGCAGACAGAGGACGAGAAGCUGUGCCCCAGCCCCACCACAGAGGACCCCCGGGUCAGGAGCCACCUAUCUCGCCACUCUCUGCAGGCCCCUCCGGGCCGGGACUCGGGCAGCCCUCGCUCAGCUGUGAAGACGCGCCAGGCCUUCUUCCUCCACGCCAGCCACUUCACCCGGUUCGCACGGCAGGCCUGCAGGAGCUCGCUGCGGCUACGCCAGGCUGCCCGGCGCCCCUUCGCCCCCAUCAACCACGCUGCCAUCCGUGCCGAGUAUGCUGACAGACAUGCUGAACUCCCAGGCAGCCCACAGAGGAGCCGGACCCCCAGGAAACCACUGGCCUGCAUCAUCGGGUACCUAGCAGAGAUCCACCCUUCCAAGAAGCCCAAUGUGAUCCGCUCGGCCCCCAGCCUGCAGACGCCAGCCACCAAGCGCAUGCUGGUCCCCCAGAGCCAUACACCACUGAGCAUCCUGGGAAAGAGGAAUUACAGCCACCACAAUGGCCUGGAAGAGCUCACAUGCUGCGUGUCAGACUGACCUGCUGGGCCACAGGAUAAGAUGGGCAUGGCCACUUGUGAGAACAGCACUGCUGUCCCCAGCUGUCCCCGAGAGGCCUGAGGACUCGGCAGCCACCCACGGCACCCUGCAGAGGCCCGUGGACACAGACCCCCGCAUGCCUGCCAGCUCGACCACAGGAACCAGCUGGCUCUGGCCCAGAUGCCCACGGCUGCUCCUGUGUGACUGUCGCCACUCUGUGUCCUGCUGCUGCGUCCUCGGCCUCAAGGCCCAGCUGCUGCCCUGCCCACACUGAGCCCCGUGGACAAGGCUGUCCCCAGCAGCCACCCUGCCCCAGGUCUCCCUGUGUGCCAGUCCCAGCUGGGGCUGGGGAUGUAGAGUCUCUGCCAGAGGCUGGUGAGGACAUGGGCAGCCUCUGCCUCCUGGGGCCUCCACCCUGAACCCAGAUUGUGCUGGCCCAGAGCCUGUGCCCAGGGUGACUCCUGGGCCCCUCUCCUGCCUGGCAGAGUCAGACUGCUGACACAGGGUUUCCUACCUGCCUAUCAGGGGCUGGGAACUGCCCCAGAAAGCAAGAGGACAUUGAAGGGCUAUGAUAGUGCCAGUGGGGUUGGAGACAGGCUUGAGUCGUAAUCCUCCCCAGAACACAGGCCUGGUGUCUCCCCACCAUCAUGAGGUACAACCCCCCCCCAAGCUGUGGGGCUGAGGAGGUUCAGGGGAUGCUUUGAGGUUCCUGGUGGGCUAUGGUGAACCCAGGAUAUACUUAGAGAAGAACAGUCCUGUCCCCUGCAUGGGCCUGUGAAGGAGGGCUUGUCCCCACAUUCAUGUCCCCGUACCCUGGGUUACAUCCACAGCAGGGGGCAGUGACCAUUGUCUGGGAAUCUGGCUUGGCCCUUUGCACUCUGCUUGGGGACACCAGCAGCUCCUUGGAGCCCCUAUGCACAGCUCCACAUGCAUCCCCAAGGCUGUGGCAGGGCUUGCAUCCCAGAACCCCAGCACCCUGCCCCAGAAGGACAUCCAGGACACUGGUUGCUGAGAACAGGUGCCAGCCACUCAGAGCCAGUGUCCCCAUUUGUCACUGUGAUGGGGACAGCAGAGUCUGUAUGGACUGGGGACAUCAGGCACCCUCUCCUUCCCCUCUUGCACUCUGAUUCUAGCAGGGGGGUGGGGGAAAGCACUGUAGUCCCCCUGUUACUCAAGCCAGUGGGGACCAGGCAGGAGGCUGCCACUCCAGGCUGGGGACACACAGCAGGGCCCCCCAGGCUGACAGGGGCAGCUGCAGUCUCAGAGGCAAGGUCCCUCCCAGGGUCAUCCUGGCCAAGGGCCAUGUCUGUUUCCCCCCUACCCACAUGGAACGCCGUGGUGUCUAGGAAUCAGGAGAGGCCUGGGGAUGGGUGGGCAGACAUGUGGGGCUGGCUCACUGUAGCCUGAGACUGGGCAGCAGGGGGGAUAUGGGGUACAGGAGCCUCCAGGCAGCAGCCACCCUGCUCUUUCUUAUCACCUGGCCCUUGGGAAAGCUCUCUCCAUCUGUCUGUCCCCUCCCUUGGCCUGGGCCCCAAUUCCCCAGCCCACAUCCACCACCACAGGGACUGUCCAGUCCGUCCACUCACAGGUUUGUGUCAUGUUGCCAGUAAAGGUCUGGACAUCA